AUGGACCACUUGCUCAUGUACUACUUGCUCUGGCUGGAUGGGCACACAAUCAUUCAGACGUGCUUCUCAUGCCUGUACUUGCAGGACCCAAAGCGGCUCCUAGCUCCAUUGCCUGAGCUUGCAUCGUUUGUUGAUGCAUUUCUUAUAGCAUGCCAACAUGCGUACGAUGCGGUGACUUCCGCUGGGGUCUUCGAUGACGAGGACUUCGUCCCGACAAUGUUUGGAGUUGACCUUCAGGCCUGCGUCUUCAGCAGCGACCCUCAGAAGGUCUCUACCCGCGCGCGAAGCGACUGCCAAAGGUUGCGCGCUGAAAAAGAUGAUCUCGUGGCUUGCCGCAUGGAGUUCGUCGAAAAGUACAUGCUUGCUCUUGUUGGCCUAACAGAAGGCCCAAGCCAAAGCAAAGCCGUGACGGCGCACUUGACCAAGUGCUUGCAGCUUCUAGAGAGGCUGGAGGCCACUGCAGAGCCCCCGAACGAGGAGGUUCUUCGGCGAUUUGAUGCAUCUACAAACAGGAAGCUGCUGGUCCCUGGCCCUCCUCGUACCGUGGAGUCGAUAAAGGAUCCCAAAGUUAUCUUCAAGAUGUGGAAUCGCCAUGUGCAAGAGCUGCUGAUGUGCACCUCGCUACUAGACAGGUCUUUGCACCAGCUGGUACAGGGCAUGGUCGUGCACAAGGAGUCGCCGAACGUGCUCGUCCGCUCCAUUGCCCAGCUGACUGUGGCAAAGGAUGGCCUUGUGAGGAGGUUACUCUUGGACUCCUUGGAGACCCAUUUGUUUCCCUCAGAGGCGAUGCAGCACUGCAAGCGCUUAGCAGAGCCUUUCAUCGCCCGUUGUGAGUCGAUGUUCCUGCAUCUCUUGAAGCUGGCACACCUAAAUGAAGCGCGACGCUUCAGAAGGAGUGCCCACGUGUUUCCUGACUUCAACGAGCUACAGCACGAGGCCUGGCGAUUGGAUGAAGCUUUGAAGGCGACCUUCGCUGCGAACCUUCGGCAAGAUGAAGCGAGCCCCACCAAGAUGACAUGUAUCCAAAGCCAGAGCUUCUUCGUGAUGCAGUUGCUGCAUGUUGCUGCGGAGCAGCGGCGGAGUUGCCAAUACCAAGACGUGGUUCCCAAUGCGGCUUUGCUAUAUCCGCGGCUCCCCGAAGAGGUGAUGAAGAUCGUCGAUGCGGCGCUGGAACUCUUUUCGCCAAAGCAGGCGACAGAGAACAGGAAAGUGGAGGUACAAUCGACCGUCCUGGGCGUGGAUCCAGGAGCUUCAACGAUCCCUACGUUUGCGGUAAUGGUGACCAAGCUAUUGCUGGGUUUCCAGCUGGACUUGUACGAUGAGGUGGAGCCUGCUGCUUGGGACAGCUUUGUUUCCGCAACUGGGUGGAUGCACAUUGGUCCUUCCGUCCCCUUGCCUCACUCAUUGCGUCCAGCAAUCAUGUAUGUGGACUACUUGCUUGGGCUACGUCUCUACAACCUCAACGAAAUCUAUUACUCAAAGGAAGUAACGGCGGGAGGUAGUAAGAAGAAGUCCAACGCCCGGCCGAAGGACUCGCUUGGGAAGCUGAAGCCCAGAAAUCCGCCUACAAGCUUGCUGUUGCUAGAAGCAACGCAAACCUUGGUUCGUGGGCUUUUUCGAGCUUUGGCCGUCUGCUGCCAUGGACUUUUGGGCAAGAACCCUCCUGCUGCCGUGGAAGCUGGCCUUUGCCAACGUUUUGUGUUGAGGUUCAGAAGCCUGGAGCAAUUCCGUCUGCCUCAUUUGCCCUCCUUCGAAGAUUUCAAGCAGUCAGCGGUCCUGGCUCAGGAGUCCGCAGAAAGACGCCCAGUGCUGGUUGCCGCCCAGAAUUCCUUUUUGGAGGCUGCGCAGCUUCUGGAAAGGAUACAGCCUGCAGUGAAGGAGGAGGGUGGCGAAACCCUCGCCUUGGCUCAGUCCCUGCGGCGGGUUGUCGUUGCAAACCAGUUGGGGGUCACACAGCUGCUUCGAUGCCUGGACUCCGGUGCAGAGGAGCUCGCUCGCAAAAAGGUAACCGUCGAGCUGGUACAUCAUUCACAGUUUGUGUCGAUCCAGGUCAUGGACAGGUGA